AUGUCGACGUCACUCUCCCGUGCCUUCACGACACGCCGCUUCCGGUUGAGCAAUGAAUCGGCCGACGGCACCAAAUCGCCGCGACGAAGCGCCAGCACUACCGCUAAAUCAAGCAUCCCCCGUCACAAGAUCUCGGCCCCUGUCGAGCUCAUCCACACAACCAACAUGCUCUCGUACAACGCACCCGACCUUCCGCGGGCCUCGCGCAGCAACUCGACCGACACGGUCAGCUCGCAGUCGGACGAGGAUGCUGCCUACAUCUUUGGCACCUCGACGGCAGCCUCGACGCCUCCGACGAGCCCCGAGCCCUCCCCGCGCGAGCGUGCCUUGUCUCCGCCGCAGCCGAACCACCUGACGACGUACUUCAAGACGUCGGAGAAGGCGGUGCCGAGAAUGCAGGCACCGCCGCCUGCCAUUCCCGCCCGAUCGGCAUCCCACACCAAGAAAAGCUCCAUCGAAUCCGUCACUCGCUCGCGCUCGCUCUCGCGUGCCGGCAGGAACUCGGAGCACUCCCUCCCCGCCAGGUCCAUCUCCUCUCGGCCCCCUUCCACCGCCACCCGCUCCUCGUCGGCUUCUCGCACCUCGGCUUCUCGCUCGCAGAAGCAGACGGUCGUCUUGCCGCCCCUGCCCGCCAUGGCACCCGCAGUCUUGGCCUCGGCCCCUGCGACGACCCAGCAGCAGCCGACGGCCGGGGAUGCCGAUGCCUUUGACCUCGAGCUGGCCAAGGUCACGAAGCUGACCGUCGACAACGGCGGCGCUCGCCUGAACAUCAUCGAUGAGGAGGAGCAGUAUCUCGUCUCGCGCGGCUUGGUCAAGGUCAGCGCGGAUGAUUACCUCGGUGAUAUCUUGGGCCUCACCCAGUCAUUCUUUCCUGAUCUCAACCGCGCCCUUCCGCCAGCCCCCGUGUGGAUCUGA